ACCUCACAAACUACCCUCUGAUGAUGCUGGUAGCUGGACAACUGGGGUCCAAUGCCAUGGCCAUUUCUUCAUCUUUCUUGGGGCCAACCAUGCCUGCAUAUCAGGGCAGCCUUCUAGGAUCUCACAGCUCACAGGUGUACCAGGCACAGCAAUAAGCCUGAGCUGUCAGAGAGGCCAGUAAGAGAUAUCUGAAGCUGUGUGAAGCAGAUUAUCCAGGCCAACAAUGAUAAGGCGUCCACCAACAGUUGUUUGUUACAUCUGUGGUCGUGAGUAUGGAACAAAAUCUAUUGCCAUCCACGAGCCACAGUGUCUGAAAAAGUGGCACAAUGAAAACAACCUGUUGCCUAAAGAACUAAGGAGACCAGAACCUAAAAAACCAGAGGUCAGGACCAUUACCGCCAAAGGUUUCUACGACCUCGAUGCCUUACACGAAGCUGCUUGGACAAGUGCCCAGAGCCAGUUGGUUCCCUGCAACGUUUGUGGGCGUACCUUCCUGCCAGACAGACUGAUUGUUCACCAACGGUCUUGCAAACCCAAAGUCGCCAAGUAAAGCCCUUUUCUCUGCA